GCUGCAUAUGCACGGACCACAGUAGGUCAGCGGGUGGACCCAUAUUGGUUGUUUAUUGUGUAUUAAAGUUCAAAAUAAUAAAUUAAAAGUACUUGCCACUAGUUUAAAAGCUCGUUCAAGAAGUAUCAGAUAUUUCUUAAAUCAUUGAUUCUUCGUCAUCAGUGAAUCAAAUAUCGAGAACCGAACAAACACUACAAAAAAAUAUUGCAUUUCUGACAGUUCAGCAAGUAUUAGCCGCGUAUCGUUAUGCAAUAAUUGAAAAUAAUUAUUACGUGGCCGAGUCAUAAUAUGCCGGUAUCUUCUGCUCCAUGACAUUUGGUAAUAUUGUUUUGGCAGACGGAGUUAGUACUUGCUUAAGUUUGAUCCAUGAGUGUUCGAAUCAUUUGUAAUGGCAGGUAACACGAAAAAAGCUCUCAAGUCUCUAUCCAGCCAAUUGUUUAAGGGAAAUUUUCCGUACAGUGUUGGUGGAGCUACAGAAAAUGUUUCAAAACAGAUUUCCAUUAUACAGAAUAGUGCUAGAACUAAAUUAGGUCAUUUAAUGAAGCAAUUGAAUGGGUCUUCUAUUACUCAAAAUCCUGAUAUUGUUGAUCUACAAAGUUCUCGACCAUUACCCAGGAAUUUGAUGAACUAUUGGAAUUGGUAUCAGCAACUAACUGGGAUGGACAAAAUUGAAGCUGCGAAAAAUCAUGUGAUUUUUAUUCAGAACAAACUUUUUGAGUGUCAAGAUCAACGUCGGCACAUUGCUCAACAAGUUGCUUCUGUCACUGAAAAGCUAAAAGAUAUAUAUAGUGAGCUUAUUCAAACUAAAAGAAACGAUAGCAAAUAUGUGCAACUCACUAUUUUAGAAAAUAAAAAGUUGCAAGAACAUUUGAAACUAGCUGAGCAGUUAGAACUAAUAGAAGGAGAAGAGAAAGAUUAUUUUACGCGAUUAGCAACGGCUAUCAAAGAAUAUCAUGAUUGUCAAGCUAUAAAUACACAACAAUUUAAAUAUUUAUCUAUUUUGGCUUCAGCAUCAUUAGCCAUAUUUUCGUUGAUUGGAUCAAUUAUUUAUAAUAAUAUACGAAUCUCGAGUAUGAAGAAUUUAAUAUCAGAAGCACAAAAUUCAAUAGAAAGUAACUUGAAUGAUCAACUUCUUUUGAUAUCAAAGAAAAUUGAUGUACAAGAAGAGAAUAUUACUGCAGCUCUUACUUCGCUUCAAAUCAAUAAUGUUAGCGAAUCACAAAUAAGCAAUGUUCCUCAUCAGGAUUAUGAAGUUGCAUCUACACAUACACCUUAUCUAGAUAUGGAACAAAUCAAAGUUACUAGCUAUUACUUGGGUGUAACGGUAUGCCUUAUAUAUUUAAUACGAUCUUUCAGUUGAAAAAUAAUUUUCAUAAAAAAUAUUAAC